GAGAAACACAGAGAAAGACAGAAGAUGAAGUUGGAAAAGAUUAAGAUGGCGACUUGCAUGGACUCAUGUUACCAAGGUUUUGAUCCUGCAGCUUAUCUGCACUACAACUACACACCACCCCGAGCAGACUUUGAACGAAGAAGUAGCAUUGUACCAUGGAAACUGAGCUGUCUGCACAGAGCCUUUACUGAAGAUGAUAUAAGAGGUGGCAUAUUAGUGGAUGUGGGAUCGGGCCCAACUCUCUACCAGGUCAUGAGUGGCUGUGAGAGAUUUGAUCAUGUCAUCCUCUCCGACUAUUUGGAGGUCAAUCGAAAAGAGCUGCAAAACUGGCUACAGGAGGGAAAGAGCAAGAUAGACUGGACUGACUACUUCAAAUAUGUGUGUGAACUGGAGGGCCGCAGGUGAGAAUCUUUUACACUUUUAAUUACAUAAAAAUCACAUAGAUGAAAACAAAAUCUUAAUUGUAAGCAAACAUGAAAUAUUGUUUAGCAAAAAAGAUUUUCCCCUUACUGAUAUCUUUAAUCAAUCUUUUACAGUCACUUGCGUUUGUUGU